AUGAGCGAGCGGAGAGUUUCGGAGCCCCUGUAUAUUAAUGUGAGCGUGUGUGUCUGCAGGGCUGGAGUCUCAGCGGCGCCGUGUCCUGCGGUGUCGCUCGCAGAGGAGCCGGACGCGCUCUAUCAGAAGCUGACGGUGCGGGUCAAAGGUCACGACAGGUCAGUGCUGGACAGCUAUGAGUUCUUCGUGACGCUGGCGGCUGGAGAGCUCGGCCUGAAGCUGGAGAAAGCGUGUGAGCCGCCCAAACACACGGACAAGCUGGCGCUGCUGAAGUCCGUGCACAUCUUCAAGAAGCACCACGUGCAGUACGAGACCAGGACGCAUCAGCGCCGCAUCGAGGUUUCCAGAGUAACCGGCUCGAGCGCUCGGGUUUAUCUGGAGUAUAUUCAGCGUAAUCUGCCGGAGGGCGUUGCUAUGGAGGUCAUCAAGACCUCUGCUGAGAAGAUCCCCGAACACAUUCACACACCGCUGUGGGACGAGUGCAGGCGGCAGCGCUAGUGUGUUUCUCAAAUACAAAGAGCCAGAGCGGCGUGUUUCUGUUCCUGUGCGCUGAAACUAGAUCUGUAAACCAUCAGAGCUGAAUAAAUCAUCUUUUCAUUGA